GAUGGGCUCUGCCUGGUCCCAGGGGAUGGGGCAGCUGCUCUCUUGUGGGGCUUUCUCGGCUGCCCCAGCCCUUCCUGGGGCAAAGUCCCAGGGACGAGGCCAGGGGCAAGGUGUACCCGGAGAGUCGCUCUGCUCCGGAGCCCAGUGGGGAGCGUCCUGGCCGAUGUAGGGGGGAGAGUGACUGGGCUCAGCAUGGCUGUGCCUGUCCCCCUCCGCCUCCUCCUGCUGGGGGUCUUCGCCAUCCCAGGGGGCUGUGCCUACCCAGGCCCGCACUCGCUGCGCUAUUUCUACACGGCGGUGUCGGAGCCCGGCCCGGGGCUGCCCCAGUUCACCGUGGUCGGGUACCUGGACGACCAGCUCUUCUUCCAUUUCGACAGUGAGGGGAAGGGGGCCCAGCCCCGCGCCCCCUGGAUCCAGGCCGAGGGGCCCGAGUACUGGGACCGGCAGACCUGGAUCGCCAAGGGCUGGCAGGAGGCCUUCAACGGCAACGUCCGUAUCGCCAUGGAGCACUACAACCAGAGCGGAGUGAGGGGCCGGGGCCUGCACACCUUCCAGUACAUGUACGGCUGCCAGCUGCGGGCGGACGGCAGCACGGGGGGCUUCCGGCAGUACGGCUACGACGGGCGGGAUUUCCUCUCCUACGACACCCGCACCCCCACCUGGGUGGCGCCCAGCAAGGAGGCCGAGAUCACCAAGGGGAAGAUGGAUGCCGACCGGCGUCUGAGCCAGCAGCAGCGGGACUAUCUGGAGCGGAAAUGUGUCGAGUGGCUGCAGAAAUACCUGGGCUACGGGAAGGAGACGCUGCAGAGGAGAGAGCGCCCGGCCAUGCGGGUCACUGGCAGAGACGCCCCUGGCGGCCCCACCACCCUCUGCUGCCGGGCCCACGGCUUCUACCCCCGUGACAUCGCCCUGAGCUGGCUGCGAAAGGGGGAGAGCAGAGAGCAGGAGACGUGGCGAGGGGGGGUCCUGCCCAACGGGGACGGGACCUACCACGCCUGGGCCACGGUGGAGCUCGACCCCCGGGAGAGAGGCCUGUACCGCUGCCAUGUGGAGCGUGAGAGCCUGGCCCAGCCGCUCGUCGCCGUGUGGGAGCCCCCGUCCUGCUCGGCCCUGCUCCCUGCGCUGAUUGGGGCCGUUGCUGUCACUGCCCUGCUUGCUGGAGGCACAGUUGAGUUUGUUCUCUGGAGGAGGCGGUGCUCAGGGAAAACCGGAGCCGGAUACACUCCAGCUCAGGCCAGUGACAAAGAAUCCAGCAAAGGGUCCAGCAGUGGCAGCGACUCUGGGUGUGACACCGGCUCACUAGGGUCGGAGGCCACAAGUGUGGGAGAGACCAGUCGCCAUCCAGAAGCUCAGCAGCUCCUCCCCAUGGGUGUUCCUGCCCCGCUCGACGACGGGGACCCCCCAGCGGCUGGAGUCAUUCCUGGGGUCUCCCCCCCCCCUUGGCCGCUGACUGUCCAUGUGACCUGGACUGAAUCCCUCACUCUUUCCCUCUGCCUCGGUGCCCAGGCCCCAGGUGUGACGCUCGGCUGCCUCGCGGGAGAAAAAGAUCCUGUGCAGCACUUUAAGUACAACAGGUUAAGUACCUGGGAUCUGUCAGACUUACAGUGAAAGCUGCUGUGUGGGGCAGAGACCCUUAGAUUUCUCAACCAGGGGACGCGCACCCCUGGGGGGUCACAGAGACCUGCCAGGGGGUCCAUCAACUCCGCUGGAUAUUUCCCUAGUUGUGCAGCAGGCUACACAAAAAACACCAGUGAAAUCGGUGCAAAGUACAGUUUCGUACCGUGACUGUUUCUGUGGCUCUGUGUAAUGUACAGGGCACUGACAUGUAAGUGCAGUGUUUAUAUUCCAAUUAUUGUAUCUUAUACAAUAUAUAUUGAUAUCUUCUGUCUCUUAUAAUUAUACGGUAAAAAUGUACUACUGUAUUGUUCACUCCAUGCAGCCGAUGAAGUGGGCUGUAACGCAGAAUCAUAGAAUAUCAA